UGCAUUUUCAUCAUCAGCUGCAAUAUUAAUUUUCAGGUUCAUCUUAUUUGAUUAAAAGUCUAAAAUUAUUCACACACAAAAAAAAACAGCAAAAUGGAUUCAUCACAGGAUGCUAGCUUCCAAGCUGGACAAACCACUGGCCAGGCUAAGGAGAAGGGAAACCAGAUGAUGGACAAGGUUAGCAAUAUUGCCCAGUCUGCCAAGGAAUCCUGCCAAGAGACUGGUCAGCAAAUGAAGGCUAAAGCACAGGGAAUGACCGAAACUGUUAAGGACAAAGUUGGAGCUAACAAAUGAAGAAUUAAUUAUAUUUGUUUUCAUUAUUUUGCUUUAGUUUGUGCAGUUUUUACUGCAAGUUUUGUUUUAUGUUUUUUCAAAUUUUCAUAAGAUUAAUGAAUGAAACAUUAUGAAUAACUAGUGGAUACAUUUGGUA